AUGAGCUUCAAGCUCUUCAUCAUUUCCCGUCCAAUCAAGUUUGCAGAUAGUGCUUUCUUCAGAAUUUCUACUAAAGAUUUCGAUGGUUUCAGCUCUGAAACCCCUGCUGGUGGAUUUUCAAAUCCGGAUGACGGUCAGACAGCAUCGUCUCGUUGUGCUUCAAUCGAAUCGGCCACGCCACCGCCAGCAUCGAUGGAUCACUUCAAUACCGUUCUCUCAACGCUGUUCGGUAAAGGAGAACCUGCCAAAGAUGUGCGCGUGAUCAACGGGCCCUCCACCAAAAGCCACAUCGCCUGCUCCAGAGAUCCCUGGCCCUGGACAGAUCAAGUGUCGUUUGUGUGGCAUUACAGUCAGCUGCAAAAAAUCCACACACCAGUACCGCUGUGGAAAUGCCCGAAAGGCGAUUGUGAGUUCGAUCACGCGGAUUUCACCAGGGUGCGCUCGCACAUUCGCACCUCACAUCCGGAACUGCAAGGUGAAAUUCCUCGAGACAAUCGCAACUCGGUCACUGUGCCAGAAGCUCAGCGCUACCUCGCCCACUGUUAUCCUUCGAUUGACUGGGCGCACCAGUAUGCAAAUAUCUUCCCAACUAUGAAAAAGGAUGGCGGGGAACAGACACAGACGGAACUCCGAGAUCCCGGCGCCGAAUGGUAUACGGUAAUCGAUGAGAGCAAUCUGAACACGCCUGUGCAGUGCAGUGCGUGCAGGCUUAUGGUGGCCCUCAACAAGCACAGCAUCGAAGAUCACGUAAAGACGAUGCACAGCAGCGGACGACCUUACCAGUGUGGGAUUUGCAAGUACACCAGCGUCGAAGAAUGGAAAGUUCGAGUUCACGCGUCUAUCAAACAUCCGGAAACGCCAUGCCUUCAAAUGCUCACUGUAGCCUCACACAGUAAACCCUACCUCUACAUCAGAGAACUUUUCCCGGAUAUUGCAGGUGAGUUGGGCACGGUAGCGGUUUGA